AUGUCGUUCAAAUUAACCGCCCGCAAUCUCACACGACUACGCGCACUCCAUGGUCUCACCUAUUCGGGUCAGCCGUCGUCAACCCUGUUUCGCGCCGCACCCGCAUGCCAGUCCAUUCGCUACAACUCGGCGCGCGCACCGUCGCGCAACUCGAGCGACGAUCUUUUGGAACUUGAGAACCUCUUGGACAGAAGUCGCAGCUCCUCGCGCUACAGCUCCCGCGCUACGGAAGAGCACGACUUUGACCAUGUAAACCCGCUUGACCCAAUUGCCGUCCACCGCGCCGAAAUCGCUCGUCGUGCAUACUACUCUCGGCGUCGGAACUAUGCGGCACUAGGAUGCAUACUCAGCAUCCUCAUUCCUAUGGUGGUUGUAUACAACGUCGACUUGGAAGACCUUCGGAAGAGACACUCGGAAAAGACAGAUGCGCCGUCCAACGUCACUCGCGAAUUCCAAGGGAGGAAGGUCGUGAUCGCGCCUGGCAGUGAGAAGCUUCAGGCAAUAGGCGAAGAAGUCAUCGAGCUGGUAGAGACGGGGACAAGCAGCGUACCCGUUUUCCCGAAAACUAUCAGGCUCCCAAAUGCAGAGGGCGAUGCCGGGGCAGCGAAGGCGGAGAAGGACACUGAAUACACACUGCUUGGACUUGGUAUCCGAUCCGUAUCCUUCCUGGGUAUACAGGUCUACGUUGUCGGGCUGUACGUGGAGACCUCGGCACUGCCUAGGUUGCAGGCUGCGCUCAUCAAGCAAGUCAACCCUAUGGCUUCCGCUCUGAUACCCGGUGAGAAAGACCAGCUUCGCAAGAGCCUCGUGGACCCGGUAGAAUCGAAUGCUAUUUGGGAGUCUCUGCUGAAGAAUCCGGAACUGAGGGCUAACAUGGCCUUCCGCAUCGUUCCGACUCGCGACACCAACUUCGCGCAUUUGCGCGAUGGUCUGGUGCGUGGUAUCACGAAGCGCAUGCAAGAAGCAAACAUUGCUGCACAACAGGCAAAGGUUGAGCCUGAGUUCAAUGAUGAGGCGUUCGGUCAGGCAAUGAAGGAUUUCAAGGCGCUUUUUAACUCACGUGGCAAGGCUGGGAAAGGCUCUGUGCUCCUGCUCAGAAAAGAUGCCAAAGGUGCCCUGGAGAUGUUCUACCAGGCCACUGGUAAGGACGGGAGCAAUAUGGGACCGUUGGAGACACUGGGCGUUGUGAAUGACGAGAGGCUGACCAGGCUAUCGUGGCUGCUGUAUUUGGGGGGUAAAAACGUGAGCAGUGAGGGGGCAAGGAAGAAUGUCGUCGAUGGUUGCCUCGACCUAGUGGAGCGGCCAAUUGGAACGGUGGAGACAAGAGUGGAAUGA